AUGGAACAUAGCUUCUGUGAAAGAUGGAUGAGCAGCUGGUUCAAAAAAUUUGGACGGACAAUAGCAACACAGCCAGGUGCUUUUCUGUUCGUUUCUCUACUUGUUGCCGGGGGUCUCGGAGGGGGACUCUACUUUAUAGACAACGAGAAUUCUAUCGAGAAACUUUACACUCCCGACAGUGGGGCAGGGAAGGUGGAGAGGGAAUACGUUCAGGACCAUUUCCCGACCAACGAUUCGGACCACUUUCUACCGUCACGGCUCGCCACAUCAGGGCGGUAUGCCGCCAUCAUUGUCAAAGGCCGUGGUGAUCUAGCAGGCAAUGUGCUACACGAGUCGGUUAUGAAAGCCGCCGGUUCUCUUCAUAAAAACAUCACGCAAAUAAAAACAGAGGAUCGCGGUCUGAACUACACGUCCGUCUGUGCUAGGUGGGAAUCAGAAUGCGUCGUAACCGGGCUAAACUUGUUAGAUUUCAUCGCAGCACAGAUACCGAAUGUUGCAGUAGGAUACCCACUCGAGGGCAGAAUUUUCAGCGGAGCCAUCCUCGGCGGUGCGACAUUGGAAGACGGGGUGAAUACUGUGGAAAAGGCGACGGCUUUUAAACUGAUAUACCACCUCCGGUCUUCCCACGAAGAGGACGAUGAGUCAAGCGAGGCGUGGGAGCGCGCGUUUCUCAGUUACAUGGCGACGUUUUUCUCGGAUGUCAUCGAGGUGACCUGGUCGACAUCCCGUUCCCUGGAGACGGAGAUCUCCGAUCUGACCAUGAGUAUCUUCCCUAAACUAGCGGCCUACACGAGCAGUCUUCUGAUGGCUUUCGCCGUCCUGUCCUGCCUGAUGAUCGACCCGGUGCGCAGCAAGCCUUUCCUGGGCAUGGUGGGCGUCCUGGGCGCAGGGAUGGCCGUCCUGGCGACCAUCGGACUGAUGUCCUACUUCGGGGUCAGGUUUAACGCGCUGGUGGCCGCCAUGCCUUUUCUGGUCAUAGGUGUCGGUGUGGACAACAUGUUCAUUCUGCUAGCGGCGUGGAGGAAGACCAACCCGUGGGACAGCGUGCAGGACCGGUCAGCCAACACCUACGCCGAGGCCGGAGUGUCCAUCACCAUCACGUCACUUACCAACGCCUUAGCUUUCGCCGUGGGCGCCAUCACCAGCUUCCCGGGCGUCCGCGUGUUCUGUAUGUACAGCGGCAUAGCUAUCGUAUUUGCCUACUUGUUUCAGCUUAAUUUCUUUGGCGCGUGUAUGAUAUAUGAUGGUUACAGAGAAAAACAGAACCGACAUUUCCUGACAUGUAUGAAGGUCCCCGUACCGUCUAAAGACGACCAGACAAAUUGUUGUCAGCAAUCUUGCUGCAGGGGCGACGCAAAGGCACGAGUAGGGCAGUACGGCAAAGAUCACAAUGACCACCUCAUUAUGUUAUUCUUUAAAAAGUACUACGGCCCUUUCUUGAUGAAAGUGUGGGUGAAAGUGGUAGUUAUGAUUGUGUUUCGCUACUUUAGCGAGUAUGACGUCAGGGUCGCCGUGGUUGUGACAGAGAAACUAGCCUACUGGGACCCUGGCGUGCAAGAUAUAGCUGAGAGCAUGUUAGAGGGGUUUGAGGGCACUGCGUUCACUUAUGGAAAGAAUGUGUCCGAGUCAUGGCUUCGUGAUUUCUUGACAUAUGCAGACCGAAUCUGUCUCAACCCCAUGGUACCGCCGUUUCAACAGUUGAACCUAGCUGAUAAAAAUUCCUUCAUAGAGUGUCUCAGAGACCGCUUUCUUAAGUUCCAAGGAUUCACAAAAUAUGCUCAUGACAUAUUAUUCAAUGAAGACGGUACUGAAAUCAUAGCCAGUCGGUUCUUCGUUCAGACAAAGCAAAUUGACAGCACUCUGAAUGAGAAAAACAUGAUGACAAAGAUGAGAGAGUUAGCAUCUGAGACAUCUGUAGAAGCAAUUGUCUACCACCCAUCGUUCGUGUAUUACGACCAGUACAUCGCCAUUCUACCCAACACCUUGCAAAACCUAGGUAUCGCCACGGCGGCCAUGUUGGUUGUUUCUCUCUUCCUCAUGCCCCACGUAGUUAACGCCGUAUGGGUCACUCUCGCCAUUGUGUCUAUCUGCACGGGCGUGCUCGGCUUCAUGACGCUCUGGUCCGUCAAUCUAGAUAGCGUUUCCAUGAUAAAUCUCAUCAUGUGCAUCGGCUUUUCCGUCGAUUUUUCGGCUCACAUAGUGUACUCUUUUGUUACGUCUAAGGAAAGAAGCCGGGACGCCAGAGCUGUACAUGCGCUGUACAGUCUUGGCGUACCGAUCCUCCAGGGGUCUUUAUCGACGAUUCUGGGUGUAUCUGCGCUGAGCACGGCUCCAUCGUACGGCUUCCGCACCUUCUUCAAAACGGUGUUCUUGGUCAUGGUGUUCGGCCUGGUGCACGGUAUUGUCUUCCUUCCCGUCAUGCUCUCCUGCCUGGGUCCGCAAGGAGGCGUGGUGAACCUGCAGGAGAACAGAAGUGACGAGGCGGGUGACGUUGGUACCCCAAAUCGCUACACUAAAAAGGGCGGAAACGUUAACGUUGUACUUCAAGAUGUAAAUUCACAGGGCAUAAACGAAAACCCGUUGAUGACCGUUAGUAUGAGACUCUGGCUUGAUCAUUUAAAAGAAGAAAAGAGAAACAAGGGCACGACUGAAAGUCAAUUGAAUCUGACCGCGAACCGAGAAAUGAGUUUGAAGCAGACCAAAAUAGUAAACCCGCAAAGCUCUUUUAAUAACUUUUUCCAAAAUUAA